UAUAAACUCCGCCGUUCCUCUGAGCAGCAGAACGUCGCCGGGAGCCGGUCGCUGAGCGUCCUCAGAACGUCCUCGGAACGUCCUCAGAACGUCCUCGGAACGCGGGUUCUCCGAUCGGGAUGGUGGAGUACGCGAGCGCGCCGGGGGGGGUGGAGGCGCCGGGGGGGGUGGAGAAGACGUGGACCUCGGGGUGGAUGUGGAAGGUGUCGGGUUCUCUGCUCCUGCUGCUGGCCCUCGGCUCAGGAGCCGUUCUCUUCACCUGGUUCUUCAGCGGACGAGUGGAGAACACGAACCCGUCGGGCCAAACCCGGGCGCAGAGCGGCUCCGACAGAACCGGUGAGAGCGGCAGCGGGUUCUUCUUCUGUGGUGUGUCCUGGGUUCUCAUGUGGGUUCUCCUGUGUUCCGUCUCAGACCUGCAGGAAACGCUGAGCCGGAUCAGCAGCGGAGCGAAGGCGGCCGUUCAUCUGGAGGGAAGCUGUGAUGAGGAGGAUGGCGGCGGCGGCGGCGGCGGCGGCGGCGGCCAGCGGCUGCGGUGGCGGGCGGACCAGGGCCAGGCCUUCGACCAGGGCGGGUUCCGGCUGUGGAACGGCAGCGUGGUGGUUCCGCGGUCCGGGCUCUACUUCGUCUACAGCCAGGCGUCCUUCCGGGUGGCGUGCGGCGCCGGGCCCGCCCCCGUACCGCUGAGCCACGGCGUGUGGCGCCACUCGGACUCGCAGGGGGGCGGGGCCCCGCUGAUGAGCGCCGUGCGCUCGGCGUGCCGCGGCCCCGCCCCCGCCGACGGGCGCGGCUGGUACGACGCCGUCUACCUGGGCGGAGUCUUCCAGCUGCGGCGCGGCGACCGGCUGUGGACCGAGACCAACCGGCCGGCGCUCCUGGAGACCGACGACGGCAGGACCUUCUUCGGGGCGUUCGCGCUGUGAGCGGAACGCGGGAACGAGCCGUUGCCAUGGCGACGGAGCAGAGGAACGUGGGAACGAACUGUCGCCAUGGCGACGGAGGAGCGGAACGCGGGAAUGAGCCGUCACCAUGGCAACGGAGCAGCGGAACACGGGAACGACCUGUCGCCAUGGUGGGAAGGACUCGUUGCCGUGGCGACGGAGGAGCCUCUCGAUCUCCAUGGAGAUCAAAGUCUUUUAAACUGUAACAGUUUGUUUUUAUCACUUCCUGUUUUCUGUAGUGGAAGCUGAGCUGAGACUGUAGCGGAAUGCCACACGGUGUGUGUGUGUGUGUGUGUGUGUGUG